CUUUCGGGCGCCGGCACUUGGCCGCAGGCUGCUGCCGCUGCUGGCCGGGCCCCCCCUAGCCCCCUCCGCUAUGGGCACCCCGCACUUUUAAGGCGCCGCCCCGAGGCGGGGGGGGCACGGGGAAUUCAUUAAAAAUAGCUAUUUACGUGGUUAUUCAUUGCCCCGCUCCGGGUAUGUGAACAACCACCCCCCUGCCCCCCCGGCCUCCCCUCCCAUCCACCCCCAGCGCCAUGCCGGCAGCCUGCACCCUGCUGCUGCUGCUGGGCUUGGGGCUGGUCCCGGUCCCACCGGCCGGAUCGCUGCCCCUCUCUUCCCCACGGCGCCUUCCUCCACCGCCCCCUCCUCCUCCUCCGUCCCGGAGCCGUCUGGGCCGCCCUUCCUCGCUUCCCGCCGCGGGACCGGCCGGCAGCCCGGCCAUUGAAAGCAGCCAUCAGGAGAGGAGUGCCAGCCCAGAGAUGAGGAGUGCAGGUGCUGUGAUGAUGCUGGCUGGGAGCAGGGAGUGGGAAUCCCUGCCUGCCAGGCACAGGGCAGUGCCAGCAGCCAGCAGGGCCACAGGGCACGCUGCCAGUGAUGGGGAUGUCACCCCUCCAGGGGCAGGAUCCCCAGAGAACCCAUCUGCUGGGACAGAGACCCACCUGCCCAGCCACAGCCAUCCUCCUGACCCUGGAAGCCAUCACCAUGCUGCAGGCAGGCAGGGGAAAGGCAAGAGGGCUCUGGCUUCUCCCAGCACCCCUGCAGCUGCUGAAGGGACAGCACCAGACUCAGAAGCUGUUGGCACCAGUUUGGCUGAGGGGACACAGGGGAUCUGGAAUGUGCCAGGGUUUAACUACACUGUGAGGACAGUGCUGCCACCUUCAUCCUCAGAGUCUCAUCAGCCAGGCACUGACAGCCUCUCUCAGCCCAUGAGCAGCUGGGUGGGCACAGAGCUGGGCAGCAGCCCUGCCAUGGGCACUGCAGCUGCUUCACCCAGCCCCAGCACUGCCCUCCCUGCCCCUCUGGGACAGCCCCAGGCCUCCUCCCAAGCUUCAAGUACCCAGCCUGGAGCAGAGCACAGCAUGCUGCACCCCAGGGGUGUCAUGGGGACCUCCACAGCAUCACCUCCCAUGGACAGAUCUCUCAGAGCCAUUGGAAGCAGCCACCAGCCAUCCAACAGCUCAGCUAUGGAGAGGUUCAGUUUGGAUUUCCACACCACCAGCACCUCCACUGCCACAGCAGCCACCAAGGCUGGAGGGAGGACAUUAAGGUCCCUGCCAGCCAGCACCAGGCUGGUCACCAUGGCAGAGAUUCUCACCUCUGGGACUGAAAUCACCAGCUCUUCAGCCCAGAGCCAGACCCCUGUGGGUGCUCAGGGUGAUGGAGGCAGAGGUGUCACAGACCCAUUGCUCACAGGCUUGCUGUCCCCUUCAGAAAGUGCUUCCACAACUUUCAGCAGCAAUUAUGAACCCCCCAAGAGCAUCCCAGGUGUAGGAGAGGCAACCCUGCACUUGGACAUCCAGGGUGCUGACACAUCCAGCAUGGCAGUGGGGACACUGAUGUCCCCAGAAGAUGGCCACACAGCUGGGGUGACAAGGGACUCUGCCACCAGCUCCAACCCCACAAGCUCUUUGGGAGGGGUCUCCUCUUCCUUGAGGACUGGGGCACAUCAUCCCAACAGCUCCCAGGAAGCCACUGAUCUCCCUGACCCUCCUGGGGGCCCUUUGCUCACAAGCUCCCUCUCUGCCUCUGAAGGUCCUGUCCGAGCUACUGGAAGCAGCCAUGUGUCAUCCAGCAUCCUGUCAACAGAGAGAAGAACCAAUUUCCCUACCACCAGCACCUCUGUUUCCACAACAGGCACCAAGGGUGGAGGGAGGACAUUGAGGUCUGUGCCAGCCAGCACCAUCCUGGCCCAAACAACAGAGAUUUCCACCACUAGUGCUGAGAACAUCAGCUCUCCAGGCCAUUCCCAGUCUUCUUUGGGAUCCCAGGGUGCUGGUGGCAGAGGUGCCAGCCUGUCAUCCUUGAACCCAUUGCUCACAGGCUCAACAUCUGCUUCAGAAAGCUCUUCCCCAGCAGACAUGACCUCAGCCAUGGGAGGACACCUGCCUCUCAGCAGCACACCCAGCGUGGUGACAAGUACUGCCAGUGAGGAGAGCAGCACAGUGCCUGUGUUGGACACCCAUGGAGCUUCCAGUGCCACAGGGAGCUCCUCUUCCUCUUCCUCUGCCCCCCACAGCAGCACCCUGGACAUGGUCCUGCUGUCAUCAGCAGCAGAGCCUGGGAAGCAGAGUCACCUUUCACAGAGCAGUGCUGGACUCAGUGAGCUCCCAACAAAGCUGCUGCCUGCCUUUUCUCCAAGUGUUUCAGUGCCUUCACCUUCAGCCACACUCUUCAUCCACAAGGAAGGGACAUCCCAAGCCCCAGGCAGCCGCAGCACGUGGAGCACCAAAGCAGAAAGCCUCACAUCUCAUCUGGGCACAGAUGGGGACACCCACCCUGGCCCUGCCCCAUCCUCCACAGCAUGGCCUCCAGGGACACACGGCUCCUCUGGCAGAGCAGGGUCCCCAGAGCCCAAGGUCACCCUUUCAUCCAGGGUCUUCACCUACUUCUCAGCUGCUGCUGAACCCUCCACUAUUGGCAGCAGCAGCUCAGGUGCUGAGAAGAGCAUGUCCAGCCCCAUCACCGAUCCCGCGUACGGUUCAUCCACGCCUGCGGGUGCCGAGGAGGGGACGCUGCACUCAGUGACAGAUGGCACAUUGGCCAGUGGCAUGGAGAGCUCUUCUCUCCCUGCUGAAGCUUCCAGCUCUGCAGGGCUGUCUGAGCCAGCCCUGGUGGAGCAGGGCAGGGCAGCCAGUGCCUCCUCCAGCAGCGGGGCUUUCGCCGGCUCUGCGACGGAGACGGUGUCCGCGCGUUCUGCCAAGAUACCCACCUCCUCCUCCUUCCAAAACGGUCUCACAAACUUUUCAGGGAGCCAUCAGCCAGCCAGUAGCAUUGAUGCUGAGAAGAGGACCUCAGUUUCUCACACAGACGGCACAUACAUUUCAACCACUUACACCAGAGGAGGAGAAAGGACCCUCCUGUCUAUCUCCAACAGCAGCACCUCUGCUGACUCCUCAGAAAGUUCCACCUUUUUUUCUGAAAUUUCCAGCCCUUUUGAUGCCUCACAGUCAUCUGUGGCUCAUGACAGACAGACCAAUGCAUCAAGCAGCAGCAGUUUUGUUGAACCGUCUACGGAGCCGUUGCUGGUGCACCCUUCCAAACUGUCAACAUCUGCUUCUACAGGCAUAGAAAAUACAACUCUGUUCAACACUGACUCUGAGUUGUUGACCACUGACAGAUCAUCUCUGUCUUCAUCAGCGUUUCCAGCCUCUUCCUCACUGCCAUCACUGCAGAACUCACUGUCAUCAACGCCCCCCCCAACCCGUCUGUUUGCACUGUCAGAGUCGCCUGAGCCUCGCUCGCCCUCCGUGAUGGCAUCUUCACCUCCUCUGCCAUCCUCCUUGCCCACUUCCUCCUUGCCCUCCCCAUCUUACUCCUUAGCACCUUUAUUGUCUGUGUUUUCAUCACCCUCACCCAUCUCACAGUCCAGCGAGACUGACCAGGCAAGCACCACUGUGGCUACGAGCGUGGUCAGGCAGGUGCCCUCCACAGCAGCCACAGCCAGGAGCUCACCCAGAGAGACCAGCAAGCCCAGUGUCACACUGCAGCCCCAAGAGAGCAGCACCUCCACAGCCAGCAGGUCCCCUCUCCCUACAGCCCCCAUGGAGCUGCUUGGUGGACGGGUGGUGUCCGUGUCUGCUCCCGGGACAGUGACAGAGGCUGCCUCUCCUGCAGGUGCCACCACCCAGGGGCACAGCUUUGGGAAGGCAACUCUGCUGCCCACCACAGCCAGCAGUGCCCCACAGGCUGGGCCAACAGAUGCACCCCUUAGUCCCCCAGCAAGUGGCACAAAUCCCAGCAGCACUGUCCCUGCAGUGACCACGGUGAAACCUGCGGUGCUGACCGCGCUGCCCACCCGCCCGCCCUCCCCAGCUGAGGCCAGCACCACCAGAGACCACAGGAGCCACACACCCCCUGCCACUAGGCACAGUUACACCACUGGAGAAAGCACAGAAGCCAUGGAGCUCACCACUGCAAAGCCUGGAAAAGCCACUGAGGGAAACAUCCCUGUCACAAGCCCUACUGAAGCCCCUCCAACCACCAAGACCACUGUGAGCAUCACCACGACCUUGGCUGCCAAACCAACCACUGUUCCUCCACCGAGCAGCACAGCAGGGCUGAGGACACCACCCCCAGCAGCAGAGGUAGAUAAAUGUCUUUCCAACCCUUGUCCUGCACUGGCCACCUGCAACAGCACCCAUGGCUCCUAUAUCUGUCAGUGUCCUCUUGGAUAUGAGCUGGAAAAAGGAAAGUGCAAUUUAGUGAGAGUAUUUAUUGGCCAGGUUCCCCUGAAACUUAAUAUCACCCACGGGAAGUACACAGAGCUCUUCCACAUUGAGAGGGAGAUCCUGGAGAUGCUCAAUGCAUCGCUGUCAGGCUUGCCAGGAUACCACCACUCCACAGUUCAGGCAAGCAGGGAGGCAAAUGUUGUGCAUGUUUCAGUGCAAUCCACGUUCUCUUUAGCAUCCAACGUGACUUUCUUCGAUGUUAUCAGCAGUGUGAAAAGCUACAUUAGAGCUUGCAAAUCCCCCACCGAAGCCUGCCAAUUCAUCUCCAGCCUGAAAUCACUCCACAGAGCUGGCAGCUUGUGCAGACAGAAAGACCCUGAAUGUGACAAGGAAACUUCAGAAUGCACUGACUUUGAUGGAGUUGCUCUCUGCCAGUGCAAAAGUGGGUACUUCAAAUACAACAAGAUGGACCACUCCUGCAGAGCCUGUGAAGAUGGAUUUAAGCUGGAAAACGAGACCUGUGUGAGCUGCCCUUUUGGCUUGGGUGGAUUCAACUGCGGAAACCCGUACCAGCUCAUCACGGUGGUGAUUGCAGCUGCAGGAGGGGGACUGCUGCUCAUCAUGGGCGUAGCACUGAUUGUCACCUGCUGCCGGAAGAAUAAAAAUGACAUAAGUAAACUGAUUUUCAAGAGUGGGGAUUUCCAGAUGUCACCCUAUGCUGAAUACCCGAAGAACCCCCGGGCACAGGAGUGGGGCAGAGAGACCAUCGAGAUGCAGGAGAAUGGAAGCACCAAGAACCUGUUGCAGAUGACAGAUGUGUAUUAUUCGCCAACUGGACUGAGAAAUCCUGAACUGGAAAGAAAUGGACUUUAUCCUCCCUACACUGGUUUGCCUGGAUCUCGACACUCGUGCAUCUACCCUGGGCAAUACAAUCCGUCCUUCAUCAGCGACGAAACCAGGAGAAGAGACUACUUCUAACAGAGAGUGGAGAGGGAGUGGAAGAUUGGCACAGCUGUGUGGCCCUUAAUCCUCAGCUUCAAUCUGUCUCCUGGGUAGUUCAGGCCACAUCAAUCUUACUCUUCCCAUUUAAUAGGAAGGACUUUGAACUUCAUGCUGAGCAUUGCUGCCCUGAGGGACGGUCACAGUUGCUGAGCAGCAGAGAGGAGGAGGAGGAAGAGGAGGGAAUGGCUCAAGAAGCACAUCACCAAACCAGAGGGAAGCUAACACAUGUACUCCUUGUUUGUUCUUCACUACAUGGGCAAGCAUGGAUCAGCACAGGCAGAAGAAGUGUGCCCAGCACUCUGCAUUGAAUACCACUAGGGAGUGUCUUGUUUACAGAUCUCCUUCACUGUUGACUCUGCUUGUCUUCCUAGCCAGCCUCCAUGCAAAGAUUCACUGUGCAGCUGCUUUUGGUCAGGCAAGUUUGUCCACUCCCUCUUAGACCACUGCCUUGCUGUUGGCUUCAUGCAUGUCAGGGAAGCUGGCUUGUCUUCUGGCCCUCACCUUCUCACUGGUUAAAGUUGUCUAGAUUUCUGGGUCCUUGCUAAAGCCCAGUGUCUGGCAAUAUUGGCUGAAUUCAUGGGUUGAUUGUCUCCAAGGGGUGCAGGAAGGUUAGUCACACCACUGCAAUUUUAAUGGAAAAAAAGGCACAAUUGUUCCUCUGUGCUGCUUUGAAAACCUUCUGAAAAUAGGGAAUGUUGUUGUUUUGUCAACCAAUGUUAUUCAGAAGUGAUGCCACUACACACCAUCAUAGUGCUUCCAUAUGGGAUCCUUUGGGGCUCUGUUUUCCUGCAAGGAUUUAAAUGCCUGUAGACACAGCAGUACAAUAUUAAAUAAUUACUUACAGGGAAGAAGAUGAGCUGUGAAUUCAGAAUGCUUUUUAUGAGGAAUUUGUGAAGGAAUGAUAAUGCUAUAGCUUGGCUGGGCAGAGAAAUCUGAAUUCUGGGCACUGAAGGUGGGAUAUGUUUUCAAACCUCCACAGUCCACCUUGAAUUUGUAGGAGCUGUGGAGGCUUUUAGUGCAUUGGAAAAGAGGGCUUACUGCAGCCAGUUGCAUUUGAGGAAGAGAAAAACAUGAUGCUUGCAAUCCUAGCAUAGCAAAGGUCACUUAUGUUGAAGUGUUUUUCUUUCUUCCAUCCUAGUUUCGAGUGAUUCAGACCAGGCAAGUUUCCUCACCCAGGUGUGUUCGUUCAUAUUAGCAGAAGCUGAAGAAUGUAAGUUAUUGCAUUUCUCACCAAAGAUCUGUUUGAAACUCAUGGACUGUAUUCUGACCUAAAGUGAGUGUUGAAAGAGAUCUUAUUAAUCUCAGAACCCUGGAAUGGGUUGGAAGAGAUCUUGCAGAUCUUUUUUUUUCCAACUCCUCUGCCAUAAGCAGGGACACCUUCCACUAGACCAGGCUGCUCAAAGCCACAUCCAGCCUGGCUUUGAACACUUGCAGGGAUUGGGUAACUUCUCUGGGAAACCUGUUUCAGUGCCUCACCACUUUCAUAAUGAAGAAUUUAUUUCUUACAACUAAUCUAAAUCUACCUUCUUUGCUUUAAAAUAAUUUCUCCUUAUCCUAUCUCUACAUGCCCUUGUGAAAAGUCCCUCUCCAGCUUUCUUGUAGACUCCUUUAGCUACUGGAAGGAGCUCUAAGGUCUCCCUGGAGCCUACAUUUUUCCAGGCUGAACAGCCCCAGCUUUCUCAGACUCUUCAUAGGGGAGGUGCUCCAGCCUCUGACCAUCUUUGUGCCCCCUCUGUUCUCAUUUCUUCUUAUGGGACCCCUGAACACAGACAGCCCUGCAGGUGGGGUCUCAGGAGAGCAGAGCAGGGGUCAGGAUCCCCUCCCCACACUGGCUCUGGUGACACAGUUGGCUCUCUGGCCUGUGAGAGCACAUUGCUGGGGCAUGUUGAGCUUCUCCUCAACCAGCACCCCAAGUCCUCAGGGCUACUUUCUAUUCUCCAACAGCUUGCAUUUGGGAUUGCCCCGACACAUGCGGGAAAUGCAAUUAAAUAUAAAGAAGUUUAUUUACCACUUAUCUUUACUGCACUGUUAACCUGCGUCAUCCAAACCCUGUUUAGAUACCAGCUCCAGAUGCAGCUUCUCCUGAAUGUGACUGUGCUCUGAAUUCAAGGUGGCUGCUUGUAUGAGGACAACAAAUAGCACAGUUCCUUAGUCACUCACCCAUCAUAUCUGCAGUGUGUACAUAAGCUGAUAUUCCCUUCUCCCCCAGCAUGCUUUAAGAGACACAGUGCCUACAAGUGAGUUCAUCAGGGUGCUCAGCUCACUGAAGCCCUGAGGAUCGUGGGGUUCAUCCCCCAAGUGCCUAACCCCAGCUCAGAUGCUAAUGUGUUGAGUGGCUGCAGGAGCUCUCCAUCAGAGGGCAGGUACUUGCAUCCUACAGAUGGUGUGAGUUCCCACAUCCAUCCCAGCCCUUUAGAGGCUGUUGUGUUCCCUACCAAAGGUCAGUAACUGAUGCCCAGGGGGAAGCCAGAUAGCAGCAGGCAAUUAUUAGCUGUGUUGGCUCAGCAGUUUCUGGUCCCUGUUCACAGUUGUUUCUGUUUCCUCAAAGCUUCAAGACAGGAAGGGUGCCAUGGAUAUCCUUGAGAAGGCACAGUUCUAUGCACCAGCCUUAGCACACAAACACAGUGCAUUUUUUACACCUCAGCUCUUGUCUUCUGUCUAGAAGCAGCAGUGUGAGCUUGUAGCAAAACAGAACUUUAUGGAUGCCUGGGGCAGUAUCCUUUGCACUUACACAAACUUUUGGUGACAAUGCAUGCAACUUUGUGCCUGUCUAAUCUACAGUCAGCCUUGCAGCUGGUAGUACUCAGCUGAUCUCAGCUGUAGGGGGAAAAGAAUGCUUAUGGGAAGUACAGAUGCCUAAGGAGCUGUAUUGAAGGAAAGCUCUACUUACAGUGUCUAAAAUGUUAUAACAGGUAAAGCACAAGAAUUGGCUGCCACAGUGAUCACAGAUUUCAUCCAGGACAGAAGGGUCUGCCUUUCCCCUGGUAUGGAACAGAGUUAUGUCUUUGUUACAAAAGAAAAGAGGAAGAUUCACUUAAUGAUAAAUCCAAAGCCUAUAGAGAAGCACUGGACUUAGUCCCUUUUAAGUGAAGCAGCUUGUGAUAAGGAGGUGUCCCAGCAACGAUGAGAACCCCAUGAUUUAACUCUGUGCCAGCAUUUCCUCAGGUGGGGAAGCAUUUAGGCCCAUGCUUACAGGAAAAGAUGUUUAACUGCUUGGUUAGUUCAAAGACUAGGAGAUGAACUUCUGCAUGUCAAGCACAAAGGUCAAAAUAUGACAUGCCAACUCACAAUUGCAGAUCAGUCCUUCUGCACAAAGGGUAUAUGACAGAAACUUCUGGUCUUUAUCUCCCAGCAUGUUGCAAAUUGCAAGUGAUUUGAGGGGAAUUGAGAUAGGAUUGUUUCUAAUGAGAGCAUGAAAGUUUGCAAGUAAGAUUUUAGUAUCUUAAUGGUCUUCAAAUUCUUCCUAAAUUGUAUCUGGAGAGAAAGAGACUCAGUAAAUCCAGCAGGAUUUUCUGAGUGAGGACUGCAAAACUUGGAAUUUUCUGAAACAGAGUGUCAUUGCACUGAAAUUUUCUCUCUGCCAAUGGAGAUAAACAUUGUGGCACUUAUUAUGAGGGUUCAUCCAUUGCAGCUCGACCUUCUAUUUAGCUUGUGUAAGAAAGGAGUCCCAGAGCCAAUGCACAGUCCCCUGGAGGAGGAGGAAAAGGGUCUCUCCUGACCUGCCACAGCUUUUUGGGUGUCUUGGGGAGCCCUGCCCAGCAGGCAAGAGAGGGGUUUAGGCAGGAGGAGUCAGCACCCAGAUGAGUGCAGGUAUUUUCCCCUACAGUGUUCCAGGAAGUUUUUGUGAAUGUGACAGAGGCAGCCUGGGGUGAUUCAUCCCCUGGAUCUUCACCAGCCCAGCUGGUGCAGUGCUUCUAUCUUCAGCCAGGCACCUCCCAGUGCCAGCUCCUUGGGACAGAAGGGGUGGGUGCAGUGCACUGUGCUGUGUCACAGUUUAUGAUGGCUCUUUUACUGCCAGUGCUCACUGCCUCACCCCAGCAGCAGGGACUCGCCCAGCCACAGCAGGGAUGCAGGCUGCUUCACUGUGUACAGCUGCCACCAGGAUCCUCUCUGUGCCUGCCAUAAAACAACACCCUCUGGCAGGGGAGUGGGGCCUGUUGCUCCUCUUGGGUACAAGAAGGGUCUCUAUGUGCCCUCAAGCCCACUUUCAAAAUCAGAUGCUAUUCAGUCACAACCUAACUCCCUGGAGGAUGUCUAAAUACAGCUUAUUUCUCAUCUCUCUCUUAGAUUUUUUCUAGCUGCCCCGAUAUGAAAAUUUUGAGCACACUGGAUGUUUUUGCCAAGGAGAAUCACUCUCUACUAUCCAAGAGAAUAAGAGGGAAGUGGCAUGUUUUUGGUCUGGAGAAUGCAAGUGGUUCAGCCAGAUGUAGGGAAAGGAAGAAAAAACUACACCAGCACUGCUCAUAAAUCUGCUAUUGCUCCUAGCUGCUGUGGAAAGUGAGGGCAGCAGUCAGCAGGGUCGUAUGGGCAGUUGUGUGGGUGUAUUUUUAAUUAAAUUUGGAAAAAAAAAAGUUAAUUUUGUUGCUUGAGGGGAAAAGUUGUGAGAGGUAUGUGUUUGCUGCUAUGGUGCUCUGCCAAUUAUACUGACAAAACACCUUACCCACAGAAAUACCCCUGACAGUCAGCACAGGAGAGGCAGUGCCAGUGAACUCAUCAGCAAAACACAGAUUAGAGGAAUCUUUCAAAAGUCAUCUUGAACAUACAAUCUUCCUGUGUCCUGCUGCUUUCCCUGGCCACCCUCCCAGCUGCAAAAAAUCAGGAUCAUUUUCUCAUACUGUGAAACUCCCAGCACUGAGCUGGGCUAUAGGUGGGUAGAGCAGGCCACUUUGAUGCCCUUUUCCCCCACACUGGAAGCGUUGGGUUUUAUAGCAGCAAUGAAUCUCAUUGCUCUUGUGACAUUUCCUGCAAGAACCCACUGGCACAGUUGUGUGCUGAGUUACCACUCAUGAAAGUUAUCUGCCUCCACACUGCUGGGUAGUAAAAGGCUUUAAAAAUAGCAAUAAAUUGCAGUUAGAGAGAGGUUUUUGCCAUUGUGAAGUUGUUUGUGCCAGUACUUGUACAGGGUGUUUGCUGGGACCUGAGUGAGUGCAGGGUGGGUUUGCACACUGCUGCAGAUGCUCCAGGCUGCUUUCCUGGGACUUGUCUCUGAUGCUGGCCAAUGGCCAUGCCCAUUCCAAACCCAGCUGGAAGCUUCAUUCCCUAACAGUAAUCUUUAGCUUUCUUCCUUAAAUUAACAAGAACGGAUGCAUUUUAUUUAAAUGCUCUUCCUAUGCUGACUAAUGUUUUUUCCUCUUUGCACACAAAGGAUGUAAUCCAGCAUCCAUUACAGUGACUGGGGAUACUCUCCCAUGGACUGUAAAGCAAUUUUUUUUUUAGGCCUGAAUUACUCCACCACCAGGGUCACCUGCUUGUAGUGCAUGCUUUCCCAUGGCUCUGUGUGCCUAUUUCUGUGAUACUGUUCCUGCCUUUCUGUUUCAUAUCUAUAUAUUUUUUUAAGCAUACUUAUUACUGUAGCAGGACGUAUGUUAUGUGAGAAUGAACACAACAGCUGCCUGGGAAAGGAAUGAAUGUGAAUUUUGUGUAGCUGUUUUACUGGUCAGCCAGCCUGUUUCCUAUGCUGUAGUAUCUAGGGUUGUAGAGAUGCUUCCUGCUGUCACACAUAUCAACUGCUCUGCAGUUCACUCUUACCUGUCCCUUCAGAAAUUAAGCAAGAACUCCUAGUUUCAGAAGGGGUAUGUCCUAUGUGCUUGUAAGAGUUUGGGACCUUUUCAAUGUACACUUAAUUCUUCAUUCCCUUGAACUGCUGAAAUUGAAAAUCAAGAGAGAAAUUAAUGAAGGAGUAAGAAGUACCAAAAUUUAAAAAAAGAGAAAAAAAGAAUAUGCUUACUUAUUUUGCAGAAGUGUGGCUUCAGUACUGUGAGGUAAUGUGUGGGAUGACACCUCUUCUGUGUCUAGUCUGUGUUGCAUAAUAUCCUUGUUGUGAAAACACCUAGAGAGGGAACCUAUGUUCCUCCCAAGUGGUAUUUAAAUGCUAAAUCACUCAGUCUCUGUUUCAAUGAAAUGCUAGAAGGGAUGUGAAUCUUACUUGGGUUAAUGACAGCAGCAGGCAGACCCCAGGUCUGCAAAACCCUGUAUGGAAAAGUCCUGUAGAAUACAGUAAACACUGAUCACUUAUCUUGAAUAUGGCUAUAGAAUUUGCUGGACAUAAAUCUUCAAUAAAAUCUGCUAGGAUGGGUUUACUUUAAAGAAAAAAAAAAACAAAAAACAAACUCAACAGGAUAAAUACUUACUACCUUCCUUUUUAAAAGGAAAUUCUGUUAAACUCAGUCAUUUACUUUAAACCCAUUAUAUUCUACAGGACUUCCUCCUAGUGGAAGGUGAAACUUGGUGUGUAAAAUCAUAAUGAUUUAUUUGAGCAGCUUUUAAAAUUGCAGUAGUAAAGCUCACCUUUUGUGACCUCUCUUUCAAAAGAUAAAUUUUCAGCAUUUGUUUGUGCUUCUUUACAACCUGAAUGUAAACCUGCUUUACGUUUUUGACAUUGCUCCAUUUCCUUCCCUCUGUCUCUGAAUGUUUGCUUCCAAGUCUCUGGGGUUCUGAGGAUGUUUUCCAAACCAGUAUUAUUUAAAGUUGUAUUAUAUUUUCAGUCUCCACUAAUUAUGCAGAACUGUAGUAGCAAAAUAUAAUUUUUAAGGAUUGGAUUAUUUUUAUACCUGCAUCCAAUAUUAUUAAUUCUGGCGUUCUAGUCAGUAUCAUAAAAAGAUACAAUAAAACAAUGAAUAUUA